AUGUUAUUAUCAAGAUCUAGUUUAUUAUUUAGAAGGCUAUCUUCAUCACAAGUUCCAAAUAAAUCUUCAUCUUUAGUUAAAAAUAUUGAUUCAGAUAAAGGAGAAAAAAUUAAAAAAUAUGAAUUAAAAGCAAAACUUGAAAAACCUAAAUGGUCUUUAUUCAAAGAUCGUCAUACUGCACCUACAAAUUUAUCUUUUCCAAAUGAAAUAGGUGUAGAAGGAUAUGAUCCUGAUAUACCAUUUAAGGAUGUUUUAGAAAGUAUUCCAAGAAUUACUAAAUCUGAAUUAUCGAAAUUUGCCGAAGAAACUCGUAGUUCAAUAAAUAUUGAAAAAGUAGAAUGCAUUGAAAGCACAGGAAUAUUGAGGCAUGGUGAUACAAAUAUAAAUUAUCAAUUUAAAGAACCGUCAGAUAUUAACAUGUGGAAAACAGGUUGUGAUUCUGACUGGGGAGAAGGUUUUUCAACAUGUUCAUUAAAAUUAACAGAUGAAAAUACAGCAUUAUUUUCAGGAAAUUUGUCUACCAAAUUAAUAAAUGAUGGAAAAACAGAAAGAGCUGGUUGGGCUUCAAUGAAAUCAAAAGAUCGUCGUUCAUUUCUACGAAAAAAGUAUAUGACAAGAUGGUUAAAUUACUCUCAUUUAAUAAUUAGAUGCCGAGGUGAUGGUAGAUCAUACAAAAUUAUGUUACAUACACCUGGUAAAAUUGAUUUAACAUGGGGAGAUUCAUAUUCUUAUCCUCUUCAUACACAUGGAGGACCAUAUUGGCAAAUUGAAAAAAUUCCUUUCUCUCGUUUUUUUCAUACAGUUUAUGGUAGAAUUCAAGAUAAACAACAAAAAGUCUUUCGACAACAAAUUUCUUCUAUAGAAAUUGAUUUUAUAGGAGUUACACAUGACAAAUCACACAGAGAAGAAUUUGCAUAUGAAACUUACACUUUACCUAUAUGGUAUUCUGACGGUUUUUAA